AUGGGAGGUGGUGGUAGAGUUUUAUACGUGUUUCUGGCGGCAUUUUGCUUCAAACUUGCUCAACAUGCUUUUGUAAGUUGUGCUUUGACGUCUGAGUUGCAAAGCAAAAUUGCAAAAGCCAACCAAGAGGGGCCUUAUCUAGGUCUAAUCAUACCAAAUUCUUUUGAACUUGACCCUCUUCUUCAGAACCCAGGCUACACACCAGGCGACACCAUCAUAGACUUCGCGGGAAGGAGAUUUCGGUUUGGAGCCAUUGGUGACAAGCCUGUGAUACUGGUGAUGACAGGAUUGAGCGUGAUAAAUGCAGCUAUAACAACUCAGCUUCUGUUGGGUUUAUUCACAGUAGAAGGAGUGGUGCAUUACGGCAUUGCUGGAAAUGCAAACCCUUCUUUGCAUAUUGGAGAUGUAGCCAUUCCCAAACACUGGGCUCAUCUAGCACUUUGGAGCUGGCAGAGAUAUGGGUUAGGGCCUGAUGAUACAUUACCCUUGGAAGACAAUGGAGACUAUAGGAGGGAUAUAGGGUACUUAAAGUUUGCAGAUUUCACCUCAAACUGUGAUAAUAAAGAAACAGUAAUUAACGUGGUAAAUGUUCAGGACUUGGAGUUAGAGUCGUGCAUAAACUCGACGACAUGCUUAACAACAACACCGAAGGUGAAGUUUGUGAAGAGAGGAAUUAGCCAAAGCAUCUACUUAGACAAUUCAGCGUACAGAACAUUCAUCUACGACAAAUUUGAAGUGAGUCCAGUGGACAUGGAAAGUGCAUCCGUGGCUCUUAUAUGCCUUCAACAAAGGGUACCCUUCAUUGCUUUUAGGGCUCUCUCCGACUUGGCCGGUGGUGGCUCCGCCGAGUCCAACGAAGCUGAUACCUUCUUAUCCAUCGCCGCGACUAACUCCGUCACCGUCGUCAUUGAGUUCGUAAAGCUCUUGUCACUCCACUCUAAGUGGUGGUCCAUGUAA